AUGAUGAGGAUGAUGCGCAAAGGCAGCACAAAAAGAGGUAUGCUUUCUUCUUCUUGUCUUCCCCCUACUCUCCACAAUGUCAUGGCAUUGUUUCAUCUCCACAAUUUCAUGGCCUUGUUCCAUUCUCAACCCUCAAACCCUUCUACCAAAUCAGCGAAGGUGUUCCAUGAAUUGCUUCACAUGCGUCCUCUCCCUCCUGUCGCCUGCUUCAGCCAACUCUUGUCUCAACUCGCCAGAUUGGAGCAUUAUGAUUUAGUCAUUCCUCUUUUUAAACAAAUGGGUCUCAUCGGAAUCCCCCCUGAUGCUUCUACCCUCGACAUUCUCGCUAACUGCUACUGUCAUCUGAAUCGAGCCGAGUUGAGUUUCCCUGUUUUGGCACUCUUCUUUAAACUGGGUCUCCAACCACAUUUCACCACCUUCACCGCUCUCAUCCACGCCUUUCUUCUUCAAACAACCAUACACCCCUUGAACUCAUACCCCAAAGUCGAUUUUCUUGACUCGGCCUUGAACAUGUUCCAUCAAAUGCUUCACUCACGUCCUCUGCCUUCGGUUGUCCUUUUCAAUCAAAUAUUGACUCGACUUGUCAAAUUGAAGCAUUACUCUGCUGUCAUCCCUCUCUUUCGACAAAUGCGUCUGCGUCGAAUCGUUCCCAAUGUCUAUACUCUUAACAUUCUGAUGAAUUGCUAUUGCCAUUUGAAUGCAAUGGGUUUCGGCUUGUCUAUCUUUGCCCAAUUCUUCAAAUGGGGUCUUGAACCAAUUGUCAUUACCUUCAACACUCUCAUCCACGGCUUUGUUCUCAACAAUCAAGGUGAUGAGGCUACACGCGUUUUCACCAAAAUGCUGGAGGAAGGUGACUGUGAGCCCAAUGUGGUUACAUUCAGCACACUUAUAAAGGGGUUUUGCAAGACGGGGGACUGCCGUGCAGCCAUUCAGUUGCUUAGGAAGAUGGAAGAAAUAGGGUGCAAGCCUAACAUAGUUUCCUACAGCACCGUCAUCGACAGCCUUUGCAAGGAAGCAUCAAUUGAUGAAGCAUUGAAGCUCUUGUCAGAAAUGAGCAGCAGGGGUAUUACCCCUAAUGUUGUCACUUACACCUCACUGAUUGACGGACUUUGCAAGCUGGGUCAUUGGGAAGAAGCUACAAGGUUGCUGGAUCAAAUGCUGAGUAAAAGUGUCUCCCCAAAUGUCCUCACCUUCAGUGUCUUGGUUGAUACACUUUGUAAGGCAGGGAUGGUAGUAAAAGCCAAAAAUGUGGUUGAAAUGAUGAUGCAAAGACAUAUUGAGCCUGAUACAGUUACAUACAGUUCCCUUAUGGAUGGUUACUGCAUGCGAGGAGAAAUGGACCAUGCAAGACAAGUUUUUGAUCAUAUGAUUAGCAAAGGCUCUAUGGUUAACGUCCAUAGUUGUAGCAUAUUGAUUAACGGAUAUUGCAAGGUUAAAGAGGUUGAUAAGGCUAACGAGAUUUUCAAGGAAAUGCGUCGUAUGGAACUAGUUCCAGAUACAAUUACUUAUACCACACUUAUUGAUGGUUUUUGCAAAGCUGGGAGAAUUCAAGAAGCUGAAAAGCUAUUCUCUGAGAUGCAAGGCUGUGGCCGGCUUCCAAAUGUUCAAACUUACGCUGUUUUACUUGAUGGCCUGUGUAAGAAUCAGCAACUUUCUACGGCAAUAGAAUUGCUUAAAGAGAUGGAAGCCGACAAAUUGGAAGUUAAUAUUGUAGUUUACUCUGUUGUUAUUGACGGUUUGUGCAAAGCUGGAAAAAUGGAAUCUGCAAGAGAUCUCUUCUGUGGUUUGUCAUCAAAAGGCAUUCAGCAUGAUGUGAUUACAUACAAUAUAAUGAUUCAGGGACUUUGUCAUCAUGGAUUUUUAGCUGAAGCAGAAAAGUUGCUGAGGGAAAUGGGAAGGAAAGGAUGUUUUCCAGACGGUUUCACUUAUAACACCAUUAUCCGAGGGUUGUUAAAUAACAAUCUGACAUCAUGGGCUGUGGAACUUAUUCACGAAAUGGUGGAUUGGGGUUUCUCUGCAGAUGCAUCAACUUUGGAAUUGAUUGCCGGUUUAUUGUCUAAGGAUAUAGUACAUCCAGCAUUGUUGCCGCUGAUGAAAGAUCCAUGA